GAUAAUUACAAAUGUGUUUCACAAAAAAGAAUGUUUCCCACUUUGGAAGGAUGUUCGUAAACGUAUGAAUGGUUAAACAGGUCCGUCGUGUAUGAAGGAAUUUCUCAAAUUGAAUAAUGACACAAGAGCGACAUAUUGUUAAGACGUUGCUCUCUUCAGGCAAUCAUGUCACUGUGUCACUAAAGGAAAAUGUAGAGCGAAUUUCGUGCACUUAAACGUCCCUCCGCCCCCCCUGUUAUCUGUACCAGUGACUCAUUUCACCAGGGUCUAGUAUUGAUUUAGUCCUCCACUGUACUAAGGGGAGAGCCCUCCCCCAGCAAGUAAAAUUGCACAGGCUAUUCAUAUAUUGGACACAAGCCAUAUUCAUUAAAAUAUUGCAACAAAUAUUACGUCAUUGAUUCAAGAGUUACAUAAAGAGUUUCGAAAUUAUAUAAAUAUUUAAAUCAGCAUGUGAUUCUCACGUGGUUAAAUUUCGUUUGGCAGACAUUUUAAUCGUUUGAAAUAGAUUACAUUAUUAGCGGAUGAAGGCACUACGUAAUUAUUUAACUUUUUCUUUUGUUAUCAGCUGUUGUGAUACUCUCUCAUUCUUUUCUGAAGCUUCAAAUUAAGUACUUGAUCGUAACAACAUUAAUUUAUUUACUGUGGCAUUGACCUUAACAUGAAAAACAGUUGAAGUGACGACAGCAAGCAAGUGAUGAAAGUGUUUGUGUAAGUGAUGCGUUUCCGUCGUGUUGUGAUGUGCACUACAAAUAUGAUGAUGGCCAAUUUCAGUGCAGUUCUUCGAUAUAAAUACUUGUUUGAAAACAGUGCAUUGAGGUAUUGAUGCAUCAGGAAAUGGUUGUGUCGUAGAACUUAAAACUUACAGCUCUUAAAACAAGUUUGUAACUCGUAGCAUCUUAUGACAGCAGUCCACAAAGUGAUUAUGAAGUGUAGUAAUCGAAGCGUUUUGUGAAAUCACGUGGGAAAUGUGAAAAAACCCAGUAAAUAUUCUUGUGAAAAUUGUUCAGAAUUGUAAGAAACAAAGAGUUGUGUUGGCGGCCUACGUGGUAACAGCACUGCGACGCACCAAACUGAAACAUCGAUACUGAACAACGAUUGCAAACAUCGGAAUUAUAUGGUUUAAAAUCUUCAAGAGUUCAAAGUAAUAGUGCAAUAUCGACGGUAAAAAUCGCGGUUCCAGUUCUCGACUUCUCCUACAACUCGCUGUCGUAAACAUUUGGUUCCCAUUCAGCGAUCUGCCCCCUUCCUGUUGCCCUCACAGGUUCGGUGGGCAUGCUACCAUGUCGGAUGGGAAGGCGAAGAGGCCCCGAGAACACCCUGAACCUCCUCCAGCGCACAGUUCAUCAUUUGCGUCAGGGUGCAGUUCAAGAUGGAGGCUAGGUAGUGGCAAAACAUCUGAUGCUUCGCUCUUGGACCUUUACAACGAAGGUGGUGGGUUCCAUCAGCCGGUGUCUGCUAUGUUGAGCGGCUCGACUGCGCCCCCUUUCCGGUCUAAUGCGGGCCACCGUGCCCCAUGGCCUCCGCCCGCUCUGCAUGCCGCAACGGAAGGAUUUGGCCGAUUUGGGGCAGGCGGCGUCGGAUUGUAUUCACUGUUUCCCGGUCCCGGAGGUGGUGCAGGGGGCGGCGGAGGAGGCGCUUCUGAAGCAAGUGCUGCCAUCUAUUCGCAGGCUACGAGGUUUGCGCAUUCCGCCAAUACGUACCACAACUUCAUUGGGGCCCAUAAAAUUGCCGAUUCGCUGUUCUCUUCGGGGUACACUUUCGGAGGGCCCACACCCCCUCCUCCUCCUGGUGCAGCACCCCCACCGUUUUCGCCAGUUAGCCCCCUGGUGGAUCGGGGUGUCAUAACCCAGCUAGAACACAUGGCAAAAGGUUUUAACAACAACAACAGCAGUGCCAACAAUAACAAUAUUAACAGCAGUUUAAACGGUGGUGUUAAUGAUUCGAGUAUAACCAGCGUUCCUGUCGGGAAUAACAAGAAGGUGGAAAACAAGAGACGGUCUGAAUGCGCACUGUAUCAAGAUUCGGUUGAACGGCGAACGCAACAAACGUCAAAUGGUGGUCCAGGGACCGGAAACAGGAGACGGUGGGAACGCGUGCAUGGCCAAGCGCCGCCCACAUCUCCGAUUGUGAAGAGUGAAGUUACAAGUAGGCCGACUUGCGGAUGUCGCAACUCUUCCGUUUCGACAAACUCCCCAUCCCCCCUUGUACGGAAUGGCAGUAGUCAGCACACAAAUGGAAUCAUGGCGAAUUCUGACAAUAAUGGCGGCCCUUCAUUUCCGUUUCAACAAUGCAACGAGCGUAAACACGAACAUCCAGAACCCUCUAGCGGAGAACGGAAGAAACAUGACUCGCUCGUUGCGUCCUCUGGCGGCUGCAGUCGGACCAAUCCCGUCUCACUGCGAAACGCGACCACUGGUUUACACUGCAAUCUCCUUGGACUGGGUGCAGGAGGUGGGUGUAAUUCCGUUUCGGAGUGGCCAAAUGGCGGUCUGGUCCAGAUAAAGAAGGAGCCGAUAAACAGUUCUGGUGGGAGUACGACCCCGUGUCUCCAGGUCGCCGAAGUGACAACCAGUAUUCGACAUCCUCAGCAGAAUGUGAGUUCUGUGCCUAACAUGGCGACAGGGUCGCCUAUGGCAGCCAUUGUGAAACUGGAAGCCACGCCAUGUUCCACAUCUCCAUGUAAUGGCGGCGUCAACAGUACUUCAGCAAAUGGCGGGCCCAAAUCAAUGCAACACCCCUCUGUCAACAGCAGUGCCAUCCCAGUCGGUAUCGCCGUGGCAAGACAGCGACUGCUGGAUCACCCUCUGCCGCCGUCUGGCAAUAAGUCUGACAUGAAGCCCCCCCAGCCCCCCCCGUGCAGACAACAGAAGGCUCUUAUACCGGCGCCCCUGGACCCCCAGUGCAGCGUCGCCGAUCUAGUUCCUGCCCCAGCGCCGCCGUCUCUCUCUGCAAUGGUGCUUCAGCCUCAGUGCCAGGACAGAUCGACCAAUGGUCUGGCUCCGUGGGCGGCGACAACCAAUCAUAACCCCGCCCUGACUCCGCCCACAUUAUGGCAGUAUCCUACCCACGUACCAGUGCAGUUGGGUACAACGGAACACGUGCCAUUAGAUUUACCACCUGUGGGGUACCAGUUGGUACGCGAUCCUAUGGCAAGCCACUUCCUCUUGAUACCAACAGCAUCCAACAUGGAACACCUUACAAGGGCAGUUCUUUGGCCAAGCUACUCCACAACCGCAGCUACCGUACAGCCUCCGCUUCAAGUCACAACAACGCAGCAGCCUGCCACCCAGCACAUCCAACUGUUCGAACCAGCCGAGCCGUCCGAGUACCUGGCAGCGCCGGCCACACGCAUCUUGGUUCAGCCACAGCUUACGAUAGCCUCAGCCGCGACCGCCACGGCCGUGACCGUGGCCACCGACACCAUCCAGGGCAUGACAAAGUCCUCUACCAAGCAGCAAGCAACGGCACUCAUAAAGAUCGAACCUGCUCAUACGGUAUCCGACUGCAUUGAAGGUGGCGCAGAAAGCAUCACAGUGGAUGACACCAACAUAAAACCGUCGCACCGCACGUCUCCCAUCAACACGUCCAGAUCCACAACGACAGAGGUCUCUGUAGCAACAAACACAACCCCAACACCUCAAACUCUAGCAGGACAAACAGGCACCAUGUUCCCCACGGGCGCGACCUCAGCCGCAACGGCGCUGCAGGCUCACUUCUACUACGAGCACCACGCCCAUCACCCGACAUCCACCGCAACUGCAGCCAUUGUUCAGUUGUCGCAGACACCCCAGCCCUCUGCAUCAGUGCAGACUGAUAAUGGGAAGAGGUCACAGGCGACAUCACCAACUCCACCUCCUGAGGCUGCAACCAGCCAUUCAGAAUGUGAAGAUGCAAAUUCUAGCUCGACAACUUCAGCGGUGUGCGCGACAUUGGACCAGGGAAUCGCACAGCUCCCGGCUCCCAUAACAGUGCAGGACGCGAGCAAUCAGACCGACACACCACCUGUCAGUGAGGAUGAAAACUGCUCUGAUUCUGGCCCCAUCCAAGAGAAACUGCAUGUACGUGACCUGCAGCCAAAGCAGGAAAUACCUGAAAGCUCUUCAUGUGAUGCAAAACCACAACCAGUUGAUGGUCAUGUGGUGGACUUGAGUGGUCUUGAACUGCUAUCAAAUAGCAUUGAACAGUUUGUGAAUCAUCAUACCUAUCACAGUGAUGGGUUACCACAAGAUGGUAACUCUUUGACCACUGCUGGCAUGGAUUCUUCUCAAGACUCAUCCAAGUUACCAGCAUGUUCAAGCAGUUCAUUAUCUGAUAUGAAACGAGAACUUUCAGAUUUACGACCAGCAGAUGAGAAGGCAGCCGAAACAUUACAGAUGCUUUGUCAACAGUCAGCAGUCAGUCAAAUGAAAUCUUCUGUUGUUGAGGGACUAACAGUGACAGAGCAUCUGAACGCUACAUUUAACGAUGGUGAACAGGUCUUCGGUGAAAACUGUGAUAACAAAGUCUUGAACGUAACAUCCGGCCAGAUACACGCAGAUGAUUUGAAUAACAGUUCAAAUAAUAAUGUAGAAUGUGGUAAGGUGUGGGGUGAUAUGUGCUUAAACCAGGUUUGCGAGAGAGUAGAAACAAUGGGAAGAAGUUUGAAUGAGGGAAGUAACAUGCUCGGUGGUCUUGGUUUAUUGUGCGCUUUGGCAGAACAGAGGUUCAUGGAGGAGGUUGCCACAGCUAGUGAGAACUCCGCAUCAAAACCAGAGUCAUCUGGAUUGACUGGUGACGACGUCCAUAAUUCCUCUUCACCGUGUCUUUCGGUCAAGUCGUUAGAAUCUCCCCCAGAAGUUGCUGGGGCAGGCGUGGAUGUUAACCGUAACUACAAGACAAGGAAGUCGGAACAGGAAUGUAAGAAAUAUAUUGCAAGCAAGGUAAUGCAGUAUUACCAUCAUAGUGGCACAGGAAAUAACAGUGGGUCAAGCAGUCCACAGCACUGUUCACAGCAAAUGUUACAAUCACAGAAAGUAGUUUCAUUGUGUUCGAGUCCGUCCUUGUCAUCUGCUGAAAUCAUGGAUGCUAUGGAACUGAACAUGCGUAUGAAGUUAGCAGAACUACAACGCAAGUAUCGUGAAAAGCAACGUGAACUUUCUAAACUCACUCCCAAGAAAUCAUCACUGUCAGAUGUGACAGCAAAUGAAGUGUCGGAUGCUCCUCAGACCGUCAGCCCAGUGAAGAGGGGUCCAGGCCGACCAAGGAAAAAGUGCAACAAGCUGUGCCUCGAUUCUCCACCACUAUCACCCCCUGGUGGUACAGGUUUAGCAGCUCCAAAGCUCAGGGUUGGGCGUGCACCUCUGCUAGCAUCGUCUCGAGAAUUGCCACCGCCUGUGCUUGAGAAGGUAAGCAUUGUUACUGAACUGACCGCACGUCAAUGUCCGAGGUUCGAUACUGAUGACGAUAUUGCAGCCCCCAAGUUGAAAGCUUCAAAACCAGAUAUUUUGAAACCACCGACAUUAACAGCCAGUCGAAUCUUGACAUGCGCCAAAUUCAAACCAUCUCCAGUUACUUGUAACAAUAGUAACGUUGUUACAAAGGGCCUCAAACUACCACAGUGCAAUGUUAAUCUGGUGAAACUCACAACAAGUCAUGGGGAUGUCACUAAGAUGAAGAAUGCAUCUGGAAAGCCAGGAAAUGAGUCUGGUGGUGCUUGGAAGAAUGUGGGCGCAUCUGCCUCAGUGACUCCGUGUGACAUUAAACACGGGAGCAUAACGGCAGUAUCAGAGCUCGGUGUUGUAGAUAAACAACGGAGUGCCUUGUCCACCCCAACCGGCCACACAUUUGGCUGGAAACCCCCAGCACACCUCACCCUCAUGUCAGGGGAGAGUGAUUCUUUAUUCUGGUUCAAAACUGCUUCAAGCAAAUCAAGUGUUUCCAAAUCUCAGCAACAGGAACAAAGUUCUCCAUCACUAGAGAUCUCGGAAGACCACAAGCCAAAGCUUUCUCUGUCCCCACCACCUCUGUCACCCUCUCUACCCCCGUGUCUCUCUUCAUCAUCAUCGACUUCUUCAACGUCGUCGUCAUCAAAAAAGCGGAAAGUGGGCCGGCCAAAGAAACAUUUCUCUGUGACAGGUCGAGAAAUAGCAACUGAGACAAUAGUUGCAAAGAAACCCAAGUCAAAGAGCAGUCUAGUCGGACUGUUACUAUCCAAGUCUCGGCAUGCCAAACCUCUCCACAUCAAACCUGCUCAUUCUGUAUCGCAUAAACCCCUCACAAAUUCUCAUGUUGAUAGUUCUGUUCCAUCUUACGGUAGCAGAGUUGUUACAUCUCAUAAAUCGAAUGGCAGUUCUUCAGAUGGCACAAAUUUGUACAACAAACCACUCAUAAAUUCUAGUAGAAAUAAUGCCAACAAUUACUUGGAGAGUGGAAGCAACUCUGUUAAGAUUAAUGGUUUUACUAAGAUUGGUGGUAGAAAAGGGUGUGAGAGUAGUGGCGUUGUGAACAAGAGAAAUGGAACAUGUCUGGCAUUGUCAGAGAGGAAACCUAAUAAGAUUCGUCCAAAACUGAAGGCAGAGGCUAAAGUGAAGACAUGGUCAUGGUGUGAGGAUGAAGAUACAGUGCCGAUGGAAUGGUCUGGCAGCAAGGUGAAAGCUGUGGAACCUGCUGUCACAUCUGCUGCUGUUCUGAGCCAGACAUGUUGGGCAAAGAAAUCAGAAGUCAAGAUGGAGAAACCUAUGGCAAAAGUUACCACAACAUCGGCAUCAGAAGUCGUUGCUCGAUCAAGGAAACGAAAGUGUAGCAGCAAUAGCAGUGAUUCAAAGUCUGUGAUAACAGCAGUAACUUCUGCAGCAACAGCAACCACCAUUAGCACAAAUUUCACUACAGCCACCAUCACCACUACCACUGCAACCACAACCACAAUCACAACCACAACAACAACAACAGCAGCAACAGCGGCAGCUCCUGCUAGUAAACCUUCCAGAAAGGGAAAAUCUGUUCGGGAGAAACGUGCCAAGCACUCAUGUGAUGGUUCUUCCCCCACCAAGAGACAGAAGAGGAGUAGUCCAACCUCUGGACAAGGGACGGCAAGCAGUGAGAGUGAGGACAUCCCCCUGAGCAUCCUUAGCAAACAGACUGCAGCUGCUGCUGUGGCAGCAGUGUCUGCGCUGCCCACUGCUCCCUGCCAGCUGACACAAGUGCACCUGAACACUGAGAAGCAACGUGCACUCACUGUGGUGGGUGGGCUCUUUUAUGCUGGAACUAUCUCUGCAAUUCAGGCACCAGAUAUAUAUGGGAUCACUCUUGAUGGGGAGAGAGGCAGUCGGCCUCAUAUUUACUCACGUGAAGGAAUUCUUCAGGAUGCUAUACUGGAAGUUCGACCAAGUAAUAUUAGUGACCUGACACCUGGAACAAGAGUGUGUGCCUACUGGAGUCAGCAGUACAGGUGCCUUUACCCUGGAACAGUGGCACAACCAUCAUCACCGGACCCAGAACUUGAUCUGCAUUUUGUUAAUGUUGAAUUUGAUGAUGGAGAUAGUGGUCGCAUAAACUUGGAUGACAUCCGACUUUUGCCCAAAGAUUACCCCAUUAUUGAAUAUGAUCCAGAACCGUCAUGGAUGUUGGGGAAGCGUCGGCGAAGAAACUCUGGCGCCAGCUGUGAGAGUCAUUCAAAAGAUCGGAGAGCCAGUGCUGAAGCAGCAAAUACCAAUAACAACAACAACAACAAUAAUGUAAAGCGUGGAGCAGCUACACAGAAACAGGUCCCUCAAACUAAAGAAUCUCCAUCAGCUGCUGAUAGAAACACUGCAGAGAGUUCUGAGAGAAAGCAGCAGGUGCCAGCAAGGCCUAAUUCUAAAACUGGCUCAACAUCCAGAAGCAACAGCAGGGUGUCUUGCACAACACGGCCAGUGAGUACUACAAAAACAAGUACUUUCAGCCCUACAGUUGAGACUCUCAGAAUUCCGACAGACAGUGAUGCAGCAGGAAAGACUGAGGUGAGUGAUCGAAGUAGUAUCAAUGGUAGUGGCCGUGAGCGGAAACGUCUGAAGAAGAGGAGACGGGAGAAACUGAAGCGUCUGUUGGCUUCUGUAACAGGCGAGAGCAUUCUCACAGUUGGGCUGAAGAAGCAUAGGAGAAAACAUCGAUGUAGUGGUGGAGAGGAGCACUGCAGACACAAGCGGCACCAUAAGCGACAUCGGAAACACCGCCAUCGAAAUCACAACAGUAAUCACACCAAAGACUCCAGCUCUGGCUCUUCCUCAGCUGAAUCAGGCUCAAGACCAGGUGUUGCUGAUGGUGAUGCCCUGUCAAGACUGUCUCCAGUACUGGAGCAGCUUGACAUUUUGGAAAUCCAGCAGACAGCAAUAAGACAUCUGACCACGGAACAGGAAGCUGCAGUAGACGCAAGUGUCACGACUCAAUCCCCAGAAACAGUGACAACAGCACAAGCAGCAACAGCAAACACAAUCCAGUCAACAGCAACUGCAACAGAUGCUGAUGACUCUGACAGUGAAACUGAACAUGAACAAGAAGUGGCAGCUGAUACAACAGCAGAUCCACCAAAACCAGCAGACAAUUCUGUCAUUUCUACAGCAGACAGCAAGAAAGUGAAGAAAGUAAAAGAAGUUGUCAAACCAAAGAAGGGGCGGGACAGGCAGCCUUCAGUAGAGAGCCGAAGUAAAAUGGCAGCGUUUCUGCCAGCUCGACAGCUUUGGGGCUGGUCAGGACGGGGAUUUAAACGGCCAGGGGCAAAGGGACGGGGUAAAAAGGAAUUCUAUAAAGCCAUUCAACGUGGCAAGGAGACUAUUAGGGUGGGCGAUUGUGCUGUUUUCUUGUCGACUGGACGACCUGAUCGACCGUACAUCGGUCGCAUUGAGUCCAUGUGGGAAUCUUGGGGUACUAACAUGGUGGUUCGUGUCAAAUGGUUUUACCAUCCAGAGGAGACUAAUGGCUGCCCUGCACAACUGCAGUACCCGGGGGCACUCUUUGAGUCUCCACAUGUUGAUGAAAAUGAUGUGCAAACGAUCUCCCACAAAUGUGAAGUACUACCGCUGGAGGGGUACACAGGUCGACUGGGUUCUGAACCACAGCGUUACUCAACAGUGUAUGACAACAAUGACAUCUACUAUCUCGCUGGAUACUAUGAUCCUACAACCAGUCAACUGACUAUUGAACCAGGCGUUGUUUAAAUUUACAACUGUCUCAAAUGAUGCACACAUUUGUAACAUACUGUUAGAAAUAAAAUUGAUCCAGUUCAUCUUCCCAAACAGAUCAUGGACAGUACUUUGAAAUAGAUCUUGGUUAACUCUCACGAUUCAUGAUAAUCUUCUCAUUUAAUUCGGUGAAAUGUGACUUCCGCAAUUGAAACAGCACCAACAGUAACCAAAACGUUAAUCAAUUGACCAGCCAUAUUUUAAAUCUCAAUUCACUCAUCUGUGUUUCAUUCUGCCUGAAGCACACACUCUGUUCAGUAGCAUUAUGUGUGCCUAAUAUUGUUACAGCAUUUGAUGCUGGAUUCUGUAAUAAUUUUGCCUUCAUAUAACAACUACUGUUAUGAUUUUAUUAAUGAUGAUAAUUUAGGAUUAUGUGCGAAUAAUAAUUUUCUUCACAAUAAUUCAUGUAUUGUUAGAGUCAGUUUUGUACUACAGCCCAAAUAAAUGUUUGGUGUUGUAUUUAGCCUCAGGAUAACAAUAUUCAACUUUAAAUUUUGUUUUAUUUUAAUAUCUGAAUUUUUAAUAAAAUUUACAAUGAAAAGAAUCUGACUCUUUCAAAUUAAAGCCUUUGAGCCAGAAUAUUCAUAUAAUAUCUUGAAAUUCAUGAAAUUGCUUUGUAGUCAGGUAAUUCUGUAUUUGCCUUGCGGGGGCACUCUGGUUCUGUUGCCAUCAGGAGCAGGUAUUUGAAUCAUAACCUAGAAGCUGACUUCUUACGUUCGUUCAUGAACACGAAAUAUUAAAAUUUAUAUAUAUAUACUUAUUUGAAAAACUGCAUGACUUGAGUUGUUUGUUGCGUGAAAUGUAAAUUAACACAGUCAUUGUAAUACCUGCUUCCAUACUGGUGUUCUGUCCAGCCUACCAUAUCUGACUCUGGUAAUACAGCAGUAUGCUUUAAGCACUUUGAGCUUGUACUUUUAUCUUCUGUUGCCGUAUGGUGUAUGCACCUACCUUAAAUGAUUUCUUGAAUAAUUGAUUAAUCUGUCACCAUUCAUUUCUUUAUCAUGUAAUAGUGCAGAAGUUGGUGUUCUUCUAAGAGUGGCCGAGUUGAAGGGUUAGUUGGAAAGCAAAGUACCUGUUAGUGAAUAUAUUAUGAAACAGCUUCUGCUUCCAAACUUCUUUGUGUUUCUAACAGGAUGUGUGUACACCUCUAUUAAAUUUAAUAUUACAAUGAAUUGUUACUAAAUUAAAUAAUAAACACAUACAAAUAUAUGACAAGAGAGACAUGGGAAAGAAUGAUAGUUCCAUUGAAAUGCCAUGAAGUAAAAUGAGGUUUUCUCAUGUAUCAAGUGGACAUUCAGUUAUUUGGGGAAUUAGGUUGUGUAUAUAGUGACAGUUCUCGGCUAUGGUUUUAAACUUUUGGUUUGCUUUCAUUAGUAUGUAUGCCCUAUCAAAAACUUGGUAUAUUUAUGACUAUUAUGUUUUAAUCUUUGCAGAGAGAGAGAGAGUGAGUGAGUGAGAGUUACAUAUGCAUAUGCUAAUGCUAUUAAAAAACACACAUACUUCAAUUCCCCAAUUAUGCCUGUGUUUAAAUAAUGAAAUCGUUCCAGUACUGCAGUACCAGAAGUACGGAGUGCAUCACCAUAUCUCGUUAGUGACAGUAUUGGAAUGUCCUGGAACUUCAUUGCUCUUCUGUUCUAUUGUUCAGGAUAUUAUAUUGAAUUCUAAUAUGACAUCCACAUUUUGAUGCUUAUCCUUUUGCAGUCUCUUGUUAAUACACCACACUGAUUGGUACACCACAUAAAAAUUAUAAGCUGGCUCAUAAUUUCAUUUUGUGGUAUUUUCUAACAAGCUUAUAAGGAUUAUUCAGUUUACUAUAGUAAAUGUAUACUUUCAGAUGCAAAGUUUAUUUUUCAAUAAAUAUACCACAUUAUUUUGAUGGGUAUUUAAUAAUCUUAAUUACAUAUUGACAAAAUGCACAACCAUAUUUCUCCAACUAAAUUUGUAUCUGUCCAGAAGAGAAGAAUAUGUAUGAUGACUGGAUCUUCACCCAUAAUUUAUGUAGAGAUGCUUAGAGCCUUUGAAAAACUUAUGAAAAAAGUAUUUAUCCAAAUAGUACAGUAUUUCUUGUAUGUUAUGGCUUCAUUUGUUUGUUAUAUUAAAUGAGAAUGAGUUAUGAUAUUGAAAUAAUUAUGAUCAAACUAAGGUAAAGGGAUCUAUACAGAAGAGUUACAUGAAAUAGAAAUAUAACAUGUUUUUGUAACAUCCCUGUGCAAUUUGGUUAUUGUUUUAUGUAUUAUUUUAUCAGAAAUGAACACUUAAAAUAUUUUAGUGUUACUUCAUUAUUAGAGAUUUUGUAUGUUUGGAUAAAUAUUAGUGAUACUUAACAAUUCAAAAUGGAAUGAUGUUUUAUUUAGUGGAUACUUGUUUGCCACGAGCAGUAUGCAUGUAGUACAGACAUGCAACUUUUCCCACCAGAAAAAUACAGUUGGUUUUACAAAGCAACUUUAAUUGUAAAUGCACUAACUUAAUAUCAGAAUAUUUUGAGCCUAGUGAUUUCUACAGGGCUUGUUUAUUGCAAUCAAUUUUUUAUAGUGGGUGUUUUGUGGGUUUGUUAGAAUACCAAAAUGGUAUGGUUAGUUGUAGAAAAGUCUUUUGAAGAUUAAUUUUAAUUUAUUUUUCCCCACCUUUCCUUCUUAAUACAUAUAUAAGUAUAAACUGUUAUGCUACAGUAAAUGAAUAAUUUUUAUUGUAAAGAUCACACAUUCAUACUUAGUAUAUACAUAGUAUAUACUAUGUAUGUUCUUCUAAGAAUAGAUCAUAACCUUAAUUAUUUUAUCUAUUUUAUGCUCCUUAAGAAAACAAAUAUAUUCAGUGUAUAAAAAUGUUUUUAUACAUUCUUUUCUAUAAUAGGGUGUAUUUAUAAUUCCAAAUUUUACAACUAUAGAACAAUUCUGCAUGCAGCAACAUUUUGAUAUAUACAUGAGAAUUACAGCAUAGGGCACAGUGCUGUAGCACAUCAAAUGAGAAAUGUUAUAUAUGGAAUGCUGUGAUCCUUGGUCUUACUUUUCUAAAUAUCACAUUUUGCAGUAUAAAAAUUAAUUACAUUAAACCUGUGCAAUGUUAAUGUCUCAAAAUUACUAUUGAUUUUAUUAUAAUUGUUACUUAUAUGCAAAAAAUAAAAGCAGAAUUUUGUCUUUUAUUCAUCAUGCAGGAUUUGGAAUGAAUGAAUUUAUUAUAUUUUAGAUUCUAUUCUAUAAUUCUGUCACCGUAACUGAUACCAGGUAUUUGUAUUUCAUCAUAUUGUAUACCCAGUGUGUUGGUAUGUUUUAAUAUCUCAUGAUAAUUAUUGGUAAGAUGUUUUCAGGUUGUUAUGUCACGUCAGAUGAAGUUCUUUCCCAUUUUUAAAGAAGAUGGUGUUUUCUUUAUCGAAAAUAGAAGUAUCUGCGCAGAGAUGUUACUUGCUGCAAAAGACUGGGUGACAUAAAGAACAAAAUGGUAGAAUAUUAGACAUUUGUUAGAAAUAUGAAUAUAUAUUUAUUGAAACCUCUAAUUUUUGUACCUUCUGAAAAAAACAAACAAGAAAUUUUAGUUUUGUGAACAAAACCAUUGGUACGACAUACUCAUCACUACAUGUUUUGGGCUGAUGAACUCAUCUUCAUGUGUUCCUUGUUUAUUUUUCAUGCAGUAAUACAUUUUUGCGUAUCCUGGAUAAUGGUUUGCAGCCCUAUUUCAGAUGCACCACUACCCAGCAUAUGCAAGUGUGGAAGUGCUUGCGAGUUGAACAAAGAACACCUGAAGAUGGGAUAAUCAACCUAAAAUUUAGUGAAGUGUUAUUAAGUGUAAGCCAUGGAGAAGAAUUUUUGUGCUGUAUAAAGAUAGCAACGAUAAACAUGUAAAAAGAAGUUUUCUCUGCAUCCCAAGAAGAGUUCAUUGUGCAAAUUUAAAUUUUAUGAACAUGAUGGAGGUGGGGGAUAAAUUUGCCCCCUACUUGAACAUUUGUUACAUUAAACCAAAUAUGCGGAAUAUUAAAUAUUGCAGUGACAUCUCGUAUCUGGUAUUGAUAAACUGUCUGAUCCAAAUAGAACACAAUCUUUAGCUUUCCACUCUAAAGCAUGUUUUUUUUUUUACAUAAACACCAUUUCACUGAUAAUAAUUUCCCACAAGUGUUGCAGGAAAUGAGAAUUUUGAGAAGACUGAGUCAUGACAUAAUAAAAUGAAAACUAUUCUUCACCAAAGUUUUUACAAACUAUUUCUUUCAAAUUCUUGUCAUGCAUUAAUCUAAAAAUACAAAUGUAAUGAUGUAUGCAAUGAAUAACCUGUAGUUUUUGCAAUUUAGGUAGGUCAUACUUCUUUUGCUGCUGUCACCUGAUGCUACUGUAUGCAUGUAUAUAUAUGUUGCUAGUUAUGGGAGGGGGGGACUUGUAUAUGUCAGUUCAAUUUUGCCUGUUGUAUUGUAAUAACUUGAGAAGUACCUGGUCAUUUAACACAGUAUGUACAGAGUUUAAAUGCUUGUGGAUAUAAAAACCAUUAAUUGUGCUAAAUACAUUUUGCCUUCUUAAAAAAACAAGUUAAAAAAAUUAAAAAAAGAGCAUGAAUCAGUACAACAUUUCUAUCUGUGCAGAAUUUACAGUAAUUACACAGGUUAAAUACAAAAAAGAGGCAUUUUAAGAGCCCCUGAAAAUUCCUUUGGGCGAGGUACGGAAAAUAUGACGCGAGAAAUAUUGAAGUAUGUCGAAUCUCAGCUCUGCCUGUUAUCUGCUGUGUAGAAUAAAAGAGAUGGAGGCAAGGAGACGGAUUACAUUGUCUGGAGAAAUCAUUUUGGGGUACUAAAGUAAAUGUAGCCUAUUUACAAUGGAUAUGCCUGGAGAGUACAUUAGGUUAUUGAAUCCGAUCCUCAACUUUUUAAAGUUGAAUAACAGAUAUCUAGAAUCUCUUGAUACACAUAUUUUAUUCUUGUAACUAUUUAUGAUAAUGCAUUAUUGUGUGUUUGCCGUACGUCAGUGUGUCUGGAGGUACUAUAACACACAUAUUAUUACAUUUAUUAUGUAACUUCUUCAGCUAGGUAAAUAGGAAGCGGAUUAGAGACUUCCAAUUCACCCAUGUAUGCAAUAAGUGAAUGGCUUUUUGAGUUGUUUCAGUGGUUAUUUUUAUUCAAUGUGUAUAUAGAAAGAGUUUACUUUUGAUAAACAUACAUUG